AUGCGACGUCUGUGUCAACAAAGGUACUUGUCACUUUAUGUGUUUGUCUCCCUUCGUUUAUCUUAAUGCGCUAUUUUUGAAAAAAACUUCCAUAUUUUACUGGUUUUGGACCUUUGCUUUAGCAAAGCUUUUCACCAGUUGCCUUUUCAACAACAGUUUCGUGCCAAAUUGAUCAAUUUUACUGUAACUACCUGGUGAUUGAAACGGCUUUUCCGUCGGAUUUGGCUUUUGGCAUCCUGCGUCAAGUUUUACCCGAAUCUUGGAGAGCAACCGAGUUCAACUUUCAUGUUAUUUCUCUUUUGUCUUUCAGACUACGAAGUCGGGCCUUGCCUUCGCAUUUUAGCCAGCCCAACGUGUAAGUGAACUAUAUGCUUGUUAGCACUUGGUGUCUCUUAGAUUUCUAUGUUUUACUUCCAUAUUUUGCUUUUGUGCGUCCUGAUUAAGUAUAUUGUUUCACCGUCCACUACCCAGUCGUGUUUAUUUCGGGAUUUCAGCCAGUCGGCCCUCUAUUCGUGGCGCAGCAUUCUCAUUCUUUGAAAUAGUGUGCAUUAUGUACUACUUAUUUUAUCAAGGUAACUAGGUAUAUUAAAAUACUUGCGAUCUCGUUGGUUUUGUGCCAAAACGUAGGUGCUAGAAUUUGCUCUAUACCCGGUAAGGUGCUGUUUACCCGACGCACGUGCGUGUGUGGCAUUCGACCAUACUCUUCGUUGUUAUGAUUCGCCAUUGGAGGUGAGUCUCAGCGGGUGAGGACUGUGUUACGUUCAGAACUGCCUUAGCACAAACUUUGACAUGCACAUAGAGGUGGUCUGAGCUAGUAGCCUAUCCUUACCCUCCCCGCGUAAGACGCGGUUGGUCGAAAACAAUACAUGAACUUACCACACAACUGCACAUAUCAUUCACAUGUUCAGUUCUCAUAUAAAUGUACAGACUCGAUGAGAAUUUAUCGAAAGCACGCAUAAGCUCGCCAAAUACUCUUCUGAAUUUGAAAAGGUGUUCGCUACCAGUAAUAUAUGUGUCUUCUUAACCAUCGUAUACUGUUAUCGUGUUUGUGCAGUGGAUGUCCGCGAUAUUUUCUGCAAAAUGCGGGAUGUUCAGUGCGUGCCGGUUGAAAUCAACCGUGACAUCAAAUUUUAAAAUAGCCUCAGUUGUUGUUGACAUAAAGACGCCCUGUCCCCGCCGUUUGAAGGGCGGUCUAUUGGCUGGACGAUUAAAGGCGAUGGCAAGGGCGAUCGAAUACAUUCCUGAAGUGAGCACCUUAUUUAGUUUGUCGCUCGCCGUUUCUGGGUGCAAGCGAGGUUGAGCGGCGCCUGCCGCAAUCAUUCUAGAAAUACUCCUCUAUGAUUGUAAGUGUUCGCCACACUCUACCGUUCCCGCCAUGGCGACAAACUGAAAAAGUAGACGGUGAGCUUGAAAAUGCCUCGGGCCGGAUGGUGCGACGUUUGGAAAUGCAGUUUGGACUGAAGAAAAAUGAUUGAUUGGCAAGCAGUGAAACGCAGAUCAUGGGGUGAUGUUAGUUCUCGUCAUAGUCUAUAUGGCAGCUUCUCGUCACGCAAUCCACUGCGCUUUGUCUCCUGCUCAGCUUGCCUGACUGACAGGCCACUGGCAGGUGUGAAGGGGAAGAGAAUAGAGUCUAUCCACUUCGUAUCCAGCAGUAAGACUCCUUACUAUAAACAACUAAAUGCACCCAUAGACUCUCACGGUACGCCAGCAGUCGUGGUUUGCACGUUGGCAACAUGCAGAACUAUUCGUCUUUACUCAGGACUGAGGAACGGAAUCGAAUGGCAUCGUGACCGACGAUGUUCACCGUGUACUCCACACCGAGGUGAGAGCAGGCACGGGGACUUGCCCGUGCACUAGUUUAUAAUGAGGUUAGGCUUGCACAGCGCCUACCGCACUCUCUCCUCAUCUUCCUCCACCUAAGCCCGGUGCCAAGACAUAGUCCAGAAGACCGGAGGCGGGAGAGGGCACAGGUGGCUGUCACGGCCUGACCUUCACCUAGGCAUACACCACACCCCCUUGUUCACAACAAACACUUGAUCAGGAUUCCAACAACAAAAAUGCAACGGCGGCAGAAAUCGCAACUACCGCGACGUGAGCCGGCAACCGGGUCUAUUACCGCACCCAGGAUGAUGGCAUUCGUUAUGGGUGUACAUUCUUGAUAACGCCCGCUAAAAUCCAACGUUGCCACUGUGUUGGUCCUGCACAUCUACCGUGUGGUCGCUCUUGGAGACAAUAUUGUGUUUGGCGCAUGCAGACGGGAUAUUUAUCUUUGCUCUUCGCUUCAUCCACUCCCAUCUCCAAUCGCCUUCACGGCAUCUUAUCACUUGAACACGGCUGGCAUUGUCAAAGAGGAACAAGACUGGUGCUGUUGUGUCCCAUCCAAGACAGUGGUUUACCUGAUUGCCUUCAACGAACAAAGUGACGUGGUCAUGACUACUAGAAGUAAAGCCAGAGGACUUCUCCGUCGUUUGAUGAGAGUCGUCCACAUUCUCACCACAAGGGUGACUUUGUACCACUCCUUGCCAAAAAUACUGCACUUAUCCCGUCUGAAUAGUACGGGUUCAGUUUGCCAAACCCACCUCCAUCUGGUUUUCUUGCAUGAUUUUAAAAAAAUUGCCCAGAGGCUUCUUCUUUCAACUUCGGAAUAGCGUCCUAGCACAUGCACUCCAUUACUGAUGACUAUUGAUUAUGAGCGAAUAUAUUACGACUAGGCAUCGGCAAUCGUCGCUAUGUUCACUUUAUUAAAUCAGCUCGUCAGCUGCCUUUUGUGUUUAUUUUAGUGUGGGCAUAGAGUUUGGACAGGCGGAUUCGAGUGAGCUUAACGCACGGCCCCCCUCCAUGCGCCAACCCAGUAAGUUGGACCUUCCCCGUUUGUCUUUGCUACUGAACAGCGUCCAUCUGUCAGCUGUGUCAGUACUGACACAGGGCAUCUGGUUGAGCAGUGUAUUGCAGACUGUGCCCCAAACCACCGUGUUUCAAAUUCGUCGAGAUAUAAAAUGUGUUUUCGGGCCUUCCUGGACGGUCCUUUCUUCCCCGUCAAGAGAUUGUAGUACCUCGCGAAAUAGAGUUAACUUCAAGGACAAAGAUAUGUGCUCUGUGUUCUGGCCACCAUCAUUCCUCGCCUUUUACAAGAGCACACUGAUUACCGAUGUGGUGCAGUUAUUGGUUGCAUGGUCGAAACCCAAACUUUUUGGCCCAUUUGAAAGGCCGAAUUAAAAGGUGCAUUUUACACGGUCCAUUCUUAAAGAUACCACUACAUUGCUUCGCCUAUCUAGAGGCUUGGUAUCGUGUCAUCACUAGUUUUUGCUGGAAAAUCGAACGCACGGGCACUGCACAUGCGGUUUGGAACGCGAAAAUGGGCGGAGCGUAGGGGAAAAACGGUUCUUCAGUCAUGGUCUUCUGACCCUUUCCUGAAUCAGCCCUCAAAGACAAUGCACGGAAGAUAGGACGACCAUUGUUAAAUAUGUCAUCGGACCAAUAAGGUCAACUCAAUGUCCUAGUUAGUGGUGGAUGCCAAUCGCGAGACUGGCCUACAGCGAGGUGGCACAAGCCUCACUGACAGGUUUACAUAACUCAACUAUCUGACUGGUUCUUUGUCUUGUAUUGAUUCAGAGUAUUCUGUGAGCACAUACUAUUAGACUCAUUUCCUCCUCGUCUUACUCAUCCCCAACGGUGAGGUACUUGAGAUGUGUUGUGACAGACUCCUUGUUUUCCAGCCGGAUACGCCUUUUCGCAGGAUGACAACCCACGUUUGCGCCAAACUGAAAUGUUCGGCAUGCCUUCCGCCUGACCUUGACUCCCCGUGGUAUUUCAAACAUUCCGUUGCGUCCCUCUCGCAACCUGAUAUAUUUACACUUACAACACUGCCAAUGCUUCAUACAUGACCAGCUUGGCUGAAAUUCAGCGCCAUCAAUGUCCCUCUUUCCCCUCCCCCUCCUUAACCUAUUCCAGCGCCAAUUUUUACCCAUUUUUGUUUUUACUUCAUAUCCUCCCUCUUUACCGCUUUUUCCGACCCAUGCAAAUUGUUAAAUUCAAGGAUACUUAUUUAACAGUAUCUGGUAAAAAAGUACAUGGUGAGCUGUCAUUCCCAUAUGUUGCAACCAGAACUCUGUCGUCGAUUAUCUUAUAAAAUCGGAAAUAUUUUGUCUACAUUGGCAUUACUUCUAUUUCCAGAAGCAGUGUUCGCUCGCGCGCCUCUCGCGUGAAUACUUUCUCUGACAAGGCAAGGUCCAAAGCACCAAAUAGGAGGGGAAGGGGAGGGUGAAAUCAUUGCAUGUACUAUGUUCACGGACUGUUGAUGGGAGAAGCCUGGCUUAAGUAGCUCGCGACUUACGCGGUUACCACCUUCCACGAUCGUUCCGGCCUCUCUGAGGUUGGAGACGCAGGUUUGCGUCGUCGAGCGAUUCUUGGCCCGAGAAUUGCCGUCGCACCUCUUCACCGCUGUGUGUCCGUUAUCCACCUCCUGGGUUAUCUUCCUGCUUCUCCGACGUACAUAGUUGCUUCGCCCACAGAUCCGGCAAAUAACUCCAUGUGGUGUGGGCACGUAGGAGAAACCGCUGGGUCGGGUUAUUUGACGAGAAGCUGUCGAAAUGGACUAGCUGUGUCAGGGUUUAGAAGGUCAAGCUGGCGGAUUACCGCAGAUGAAAAAUUAACCCGGGCGGUAAGAGUGGUGGUCUGGUUGUGAAUAUGGGCCUUAGACAGUAAAUCAAAUGCGGCAGAAGAUCUGCGCCGUUAAUGACAGGGGACAUCAAGGAGAAAAGUCAAAAGGAAAAGACGCUGGAAGCCAUUGUCCAGAGAAGGGGAACUAGGACUAAGGUGGCGUUUUAAGACUUGUUGGUUGCCUGAAGGGGCAGGAGUUGGGGCACUAUUGGGGAAAUGACACCGAGCUGGGCGUUAGUGUCGGUGGGACAUUGCUUGCCAGCGCUCUUGUCCACGAAUACAUGGCACCUGACGUAAAGAGAACCCGGGAGAUUGACCGCAAUCCUCCUGCGCGGUUAGUUUUUCGGUCGGGCUGAAGCGUAGUGUCGGGACUUUACUUCAAAGUUCACACGGCGCCGCCAGAGUUAGGUCAUACGCCGGGCGGGACGUACGUGUCGACCAUCACGACUACGUAGUCGGUUGGAGAUUAACUGGUCACUGAACUCUGUAUUCCAGUAGCACAGUGUUUGUCGACAUCUGGUGGGCCGCUUGAGGUGCAGAGCUCUGGCCUCCGGUAGCGAGGGGUACCGAAAAAAUCGAGAAUUGCGUUCUGUAGUCAAGGUUGUUUGGCCGCGCAGCCCUUCUACCGCCAAACAUUCUUCUUGCGCAGCCAGCCAAGUGGCCUUUUAUGAGGAGCGACCACGGUGAACAGAGUGAUUUUUUUACUAAACCCACUCCCGAGAUUCUUGGCGAUUUUGCAAUGAGAAACUUCAAGGAGCAACGGGUCAACAACAAAUUCCGUUUCCUGUCCACUGUUUGUUUUUUGACAUAAAAAGAGUCCUUCACAUUGAAUUUGUUCCUCAUGAGUUCGCAUUACUAUCAACAGGUGCUUUGGCGAUUGCGUGAGGUAGUGGUGAAAAACCGACAUGAAUUGUGGCGAUCGGAGACUGACUACAAACAGCGUUCACAAUCAACCAGUUUUUGGCGAAGAACGGCAUGUCAAAGGUUUCCCACCUCAUUUACUUGCCCAACCUAGUCCCCGCGGCUUCUUAUUUCUAAUAAUGAGGAAAAACCUAAAGGAAGAGCGGUUUUAGAAUGUAGAGGUCAGGGAAAAUCGCCACAGGCACGUAACAGCACUGGUUUAGAAGAACAUAAGUGUCGAACAGUGGAAAAUCUGUUGGGACAAGCGCAACUCGCCUAAUAGACAGUAUUUUGAAGAGGUCAGUAUUUUCAAUAUGUUACCUCGAAUAAAACAUUAAAUAAACUUCGUUUCUGCCUAUCACUCAGUAUAGCGUUAACCAACUAGGCGCGUUUGUCCGCGUUGGACACGGUAAUAAGACUCCAGGUACCAGAGGUGGUCAUAGGGUAGAUUUCAGGCAGAUUACCCAUUCCCCUGUCCCAACUUUAACCAUAAUCUGCAUAACACUAAACCUCGCAACCACUUUGUAUUUGGCACCCGGCCAACAGUACCGGGGGAGGGGAUUCAUGUUCCCAUGCUGCACAGAGACGGUGGGGUCGUCAGAACCGGAUACACAAUCGUUACGCGACGGCUAUAGCUGUACGAGACAAUUAUUGAUUAUAAAGGGAUACUGGUCGUUCACUAAUAUACCAAUGACGCGAUCGCAGGGUGCCACCCAGUUGCAGCCGGUGCCUAUCUUGUUUAACAGCGUGGAUGUGGACUUUGAGUAGGUUCCCAAACAGACACGAGCACGAAGACUUCCAAAGAGAUGCAGUUCAGUGGGAACGAUAAACGAGCCUUCGUGCAUCGGACUAUGCGGGCUUCGGAUUAACUGCGCCUCUCGAACGGCACCAACCAUCGUCCCCCCGCCUGCCUCUUCCUCCUCCUCUCCGCCGCCAACUAACCCUGACAAUUCUUCUGACCCAACACUUCCAUCAUCCUCCAUCUCCUUCUCAUCCUCCUCCUCCUCCUCGCCCACUGCUCCAAAGGCGGCCGCUCAGGCGACUGUCCCACGCACAGCAACCGACACUACCACCACCUCCCCCGACUCCAGGGAUGAGGAUCACGACUACACCUGCCCUCACUGCGAUCGCACCUUCACUUCACGCAUCGGCCUGGUCGGUCACUUGCGAAUCCAUCGCACAGAGUCUGGCGAACCAGUGCCUGGAGCACCAACCUACACUCACCGCACUCGCCUCCACUGCCCACACUGCCCUCGCACCUUCACGCAUCGCAUGGGUCUAUUCGGCCACAUGCGCAUCCACGAGAGCGGCCUUGACCGCACUCCCGACACACCCACUACAUCCAACACAUCCACCGUGCACACCCCCACUCUCGUUCCAUCCGUCCGCGACACCACCACCACCACCGCCUCCUCUGUAGCUGACACUGACACCGCCGACUUCUCAUGCCCACACUGUCCACGCACAUUCACCUCACGCAUCGGCGUGGUCGGUCACUUGCGAAUCCAUCGCACAGAGACUGGCGAACCAGUGCCUGGAGCACCCACCUAUACCCACCAAGCUCGUCUCAACUGCCCACACUGUCCUCGCACUUUCAGGCAUCGCAUGAGCCUAUUCGGCCACAUGCGCAUCCACGACGACCUGCGGUAG